CUCUCAGCAGGUGAAGCUCUGCUCGCUGCGGUUUUUUUUCUCUCCUUUUCUAGCUGCAGAGAAACGAAACAGUGACUUCCUGUGGCAGACACUCUCGCUGUCUCCCUCGCUCUCUCUCUCUCUCUCUCUCUCUGUGUCUCUGUCUCAAUCUUUCGUGGCCCACCCGGGGGAGAGGAGUCGGCCCCAGACAUGGCUUCGGACGGGAGCGUUACCGCCAUCGGCCUCCUGCUGUUCACCGCCUUCACCCAAGGUUUUUCGGUAUUCCUGUCAGGUCAUUUUGGGAUGUUGGAUCGCUCGUAUUCGAUCAACGCGACCGUGGGCCAGCGGGUCAACCUGCCCUGCCUGCAGGAAAAGCACAACCUCAGCAUCCUGCAGAUCGAGUGGAAGAAGAUGGAGGGACGCGCGGAAGUGAAGAUCGCCAUCUGCAACCCCACGUACGGACCGCCAUACCUCUACUGGACAAACGUCUCCGUGAGUGUGGAGAUGUCCGGGAAGGCGCUGAAGGGGUCCGUCCUGGAGCUCCAGGAAGUGAGCGUGUGGGACAGCGGGGUUUACGUUUGCGAGCUCACCACCUUCCCCCAGGGGACGGUCAAAGCUAAGACCAGCCUGACGGUCACAGAUGCGCCGGUCUCUGCCAGGGUGGUGUGGCCAAAUCGGGUUGUGAGAGAGGGGGACGAUGUGACCAUCCUCUGCACCAGUACCCCUCCUGCCAGCUCUUACUUCCUCUGGCCCUCCCAGAAUAAAUCCUCCAUCUUAAAAAGCGAGGAUGGAAGAUUCACGCUGCCCAACGUGACGAGAGACGACAGCAACCUGUACAUCUGUCAGCCCUCUGACCUGUCCUCUCCUCACUACAGCGCCACCGUCAACGUUACAGUCCACUAUCUUGAUGAAAUUGAAUGCGACACCCCCCGCAGUGUUGAGGUUACUGCUGGCCAGAAUGUCACAGUUACCUGUGCAGCCAAUGCAUCCCAGAAUUCCCAGUACACCUGGAGAAAGGGCGACGUGACGGUUUCCACGUCCGGUUCUCUGCAUCUCUGGCCAGUGAGCCGCGAGCAGGCCGGGGUGUACGUGUUGACCGUUGCGGUCAACGCCACAGGUCUCCAGCGCCAGACGGAGUUCAACAUAACCGUGCGGAGAGAUUCUGGAGACCUCACGCCAAGCACGGCCCCUCCCACCUCCACCGCAACCAGUGGGAACAGCCAUGGCGUCACCCGCUGGAGCACUGCCGUAUCCACGGCAACGGAAGAAAGCUUGGCCAGCAGCGUCCCUUCCGCAUCAUCGCCGGCGCGGACCGCUAGCCCCAGCGCGCCGCAGCGCGAUGUCACCACCGGCGCUGCUCGUCUCUUCAGCACCGGUCACGCUGGUCCUUUAAACGCUACGCUGCCUCCGUUCGAAAAUAACGGCACCGAAAAUGCCUCGAGCCCGGGACAGCCCACAGCCACCGCGAGUUACGGAGCCAGCGUUACCGCCACGACCCGCCUUUCAAACAGCAGCCGCAACGUCACCUCCGACCUAGGGGUGAGCCAGACAGGAGCCAGAGGCAGUGGACGGUAUGUGGUGUUCAUAGUGGUGCCCAUCCUCCUCCUGCUCUUAGUGAUUCUGUUCCUGUACGGGAGAAACGUGGUCCAGCGCAGGACGGACAUGCCGCCCCCCUUCAAGCCCCCUCCUCCCCCCGUGAAAUACACAUCCAUCAAAACCCAGGACGCCUGCGUCACGAUACAGCAGCCCUGCGACAACAGGAAUGUUGGCAACAGGAAGUGACAUCAGAGUUUCCUCGGGAAGCAGGGCGUGUGGAGAUUACUGCCACUGACCUUGGUCUUUGGCCAAGAUAUGGAUGUUACCACUGACAACCCCUUAACAUAGGACUAAUGGUGUAUGAAAAGAGUGCUGCCUGUAAUAAAUCCCAUAUAAAUGGUUAGUAACCAUUUAUUACAAUCUAUAUAAGCAGUUAUUGAGUCAUUAAUAAGCCUUCAUGCAUAUAGUGUUACAGAUAUGCGUUUAUUUCCUCUGUAAAUAAUCUCUUUGUUUAGUUUUUAAUUUUAGUUACACUGCACUGAACUGUUUAACAUUUUAGCAUUUUAAUAAAGAUACUAUUUUUACAAAUGUAAAUGCUAUACAUUUUAAAUAAACAUACAAUAUAUUUAACUAUAUAAUGAUG